UGCAUUCGAGCUGCCAGACAGACGACGGCGAGGAUGAUCUAAAAAAGGGCACACAAUUGCUGGAGAUUUAUGCAUUGAAAAUUCAAAUGUACACUGUACAAAAAAACAACAAGAAACUGAAAGCUCUCUACGAGCAAUCGCUGCACAUUAAAUCAGCUAUUCCACAUCCUCUUAUAAUGGGCGUUAUUCGCGAAUGCGGCGGCAAAAUGCAUCUACGCGAAGGCGAAUUCGAGAAGGCGCACACAGACUUCUUUGAGGCCUUCAAGAACUACGAUGAAAGCGGCUCGCCCAGACGCACCACCUGCCUUAAGUACUUGGUGCUAGCAAAUAUGCUUAUGAAGUCCGGUAUCAACCCGUUCGACUCGCAGGAGGCCAAGCCUUAUAAGAACGAUCCCGAGAUUUUGGCCAUGACAAAUCUGGUUAAUUCAUACCAAAACAAUGACAUCAACGAGUUUGAGACUAUAUUGCGUCAACAUCGCAGCAACAUUAUGGCUGAUCAGUUUAUACGCGAACACAUUGAGGACUUACUGCGCAACAUACGCACCCAGGUGCUCAUUAAACUGAUCAGACCAUACAAGAACAUAGCCAUACCGUUCAUAGCCAAUGCACUCAACAUUGAGCCCGCCGAGGUGGAGAGCUUACUGGUUUCCUGCAUACUCGAUGUACAGAAAAUGGCUUAGGCAUAAGGCAAUGAU